CAUUCAGCGCCACACACUUCGUUACCCCCUCUCUCUCUGUCUCUCUAAUUUCUUAUUGUGAUUUGAGCAUGACUGCCCAAGUGAUGCCUGAGAAACCCCUUCAGGGGAGUUAUGCUUUAGGAAGGGAAAACACUCCUCCUCCAUCUCAUAAAAGGUUGGAGGGAAAGAUUGCCAUUGUCACUGGUGGUGCUAGAGGCAUUGGGGAAGCAACGGUGAGGCUUUUUGCCAGACAUGGUGCCAAGGUGGUCGUCGCCGACGUCGAGGAUUCCCUUGGAAAUGCGCUCGCCGAUUCCUUAGCUCCUUCAGUAACCUAUUUUCACUGUGAUGUUAGCUUGGAAGAAGACAUUCAGAACUUGAUCGAGUCGACCAUUUCCCGCUACGGACAGCUUGACAUUCUUUUCAACAAUGCCGGCGUUCUUGGAAACCAAUCCAAAGCCCAUAAGAGCAUCGUAGACUUUGACAUUGAUGAAUUUGAUCGUGUAAUGCGUGUCAAUGUGAGAGGGGUAGCGCUAGGAAUCAAGCAUGCGGCUCGCGUGAUGAUUCCCAGACGAGUUGGGUGCAUCCUUUCGACGGCCAGUGUCGCCGGAGUCAUGGGAGGGCUGGGACCGCAUGCUUACACCGCUUCAAAGCACGCCAUUGUUGGGCUUACAAAGAACACAGCGUGUGAACUGGGGCGCUACGGGAUUAGGAUUAACUGUAUCUCCCCAUUUGGGGUGGCCACACCCAUGCUAAUCAAUGCAUGGAGGAGUAGUAGUGAUGAGGAAGAGGACUUUAUGGAUUUUGGGAUGCCUCGCGACGAAGAAGUUGAGAAAAUGGAGGAUUUUGUAAGAGGGCUUGCCAACUUGAAAGGUCCAACCCUAAGGGCUAAAGACAUAGCCGAGGCUGCUCUUUACCUUGCUAGCGAUGAAUCCAAAUAUGUUAGUGGCCAUAACCUUGUUGUAGAUGGUGGCAUUACCACCUCAAGAAAUUGUGUGAACCUUUAACGAUCUUAAUUUUGCCAAGAAAAAGCAGAAGUUGGAUCCCUUUUUCUAGGAGGUCGGAUGUAAAUUAAUUUCUACCAGCUUAUGAGAAUCAAGACACCAAAUGGUGUACUGUUUCUAGAUUA